UUGAAGAUUGAAGAAACAUUCCCAGUCAAACAGGAAGAUCCACAGGAACAAACAGACUUGGUGGUGCUGAAAGAAGAGACUGAUCAAAUGGAGGAGAAACAGCAGUUAGAGAAACCCCAAGAACUAAUGACUAAUGAAAAACCCACACUGACUAAAAAGACUUCACGUGGAAGACCUCGGAAACCCAAAACUGGAUGUCAUUUCAGCUGUAAACAGUGUGGGAAAAGUUUCAGUCAAAAGUCAAACCUUGAUGUUCACAUGAGAGUUCACACAGGUGAGAAACCUUACACCUGUGAACACUGUGGAAAGAGUUUUGGUUAUAUACAAGGCUUUAGAACCCACAUGAGAGUUCACACUGGAGAGAGACCGUACACAUGCCAACAGUGUGGAAAAAGCUUCUUUCAUGCAGGAAGCCUUGUGGUGCACAUGAGAAUUCACACAGGGGAGAAGCCUUUCAGCUGUAAACAGUGUAGAAAGAGUUUCAGCCAAAAGCAGAACCUUGACGUUCACAGAAGAAUUCAUACUGGAGAGAGGCCGUACACAUGCCAACAGUGUGGACAAACCUUCUAUCAUGCAGGAAACUUUGCAGCGCACAUGAGAAUUCACACUGGGGAAAAGCCUUACUCUUGCCCUCAGUGUGGAAAGAGUUUUAAGCGAAAUGGCACCCUUGAAAUUCACAUGAGGAUCCACACUGGAGAGAAACCAUACACAUGCAAUCAGUGUGGGAAGAGUUUCAACCAAUCAUCAAACCUUUAUAAUCACAUGAUGAUCCACACUGGAGAGAAACCAUUCAAAUGCACUCAAUGUGGGAAAAGUUUUAACCGCUCAUCAGACCUUCAUCAACAUAUGAGGAUUCACACUGGAGAGAAACCAUACACAUGCACUCAGUGUGGGAAGAGUUUUUACUGCUCAUCACACCUUCAUCAACACAUGAGGAUCCACACUGGAGAGAAACCAUUCACAUGCACUCAGUGUGGGAAGAGUUUCAGCCAAUCAUCACACUUUAAGCAACACAUGAGGAUCCACACUGAAGAGAAACCAUUCACAUGCACUCAGUGUGGGAAGAGUUUCAGCCAAUAAUCAAACCUUAAUCGACACAUGAGGAUACACACUGGAGAGAAACCAUUCACAUGCACUCAGUGUGGGAAGAGUUUCAGCCAGUCAUCACACCUUAAUCAACACAUCAUGAGCCACACUGGAGAGAAACCCUGCACCUGCCCUCAGUGUGGAAAGAGUUUGGCAAGCAAAAGCAAACUUAAGAUUCACAUGAUGAUCCACACUGGAGAGAAACCAUUUACAUGCACUCAGUGUGGGAAGAGUUUCAACCAAUCAUCAUCCUUUAAUCAACACACGAGGAUCCACACUGGAGAGAAACCAUUCAAAUGCACUCAGUGUGGGAAGAGUUUUAACUGCUCAUCACACCUCAAUGACCACAUGAUGAUCCACACUGGAGAGAAACCAUUCGCAUGCACUCAGUGUGGAAAGAGUUUUCGGCAAUCAUCAUCCCUUAAUCAACACACUAGGAUCCACACUGGAGAGAGACCGUUCACAUGCACUCAGUGUGGGAGGAGUUUUAAAUGCUCAUCACACCUUAAUCACCACACGAUGAUCCACACUGGAGAGAAACCAUUCAAAUGUACUCAGUGUGGGAAGAGUUUCCGCCAAUCAUCAUCCUUUAAUAAACACAUGAGGAUCCACACUGGAGAGAAACCAUUCACAUGCACUCAGUGUGGGAAGAGUUUUAUCUGCUCAUCACAACUUAACGAACACAUGAGGAUCCACACUGGAAAGACACCAUUCACAUGCACUCAGUGUGGGAAGAGUUUCAGUCAGUCAUCAUACCUUAAUAGACACACAAGAAUCCACACUGGAGAGAAGCCAUUCACAUGCACACUGUGUGGGAAGAGUUUUAACCGCUCAUCGCACCUUAAUAAACACAUGAGGAUCCACACUGGAGAGAAACCAUUCACAUGCACUCAGUGUGGGAAGAGUUUUUCUCAAAAACAAAACCUUACCAUCCACAUGAGGAUUCACACUGGUGAGAAACCUUACACAUGCACAGAGUGUGGUAAAAGUUUCCCACAUACAGGCUCACUCAAACACCACAUGAUAAUGGCGUUUAUUAAAGAGGAGAGUGAAGAUGUGAAGAUUGAAGAAACAUUCACAGUCAAACAGGAAGAUCUGCAGGAACAAACAGACCUAAUUGAAGAGAAUGAGGGGAGAAAAGAGGAGGAACAUCAUGUCAAAAUUGAGGAAAAAACUCAUUUACAGACUGAUGGUAUUUUGAAAAGGGGAGACAAAAAUAGUUUCACCUGCACUCAGUGUGGAAAGAGUUUUGGAAGUAAAGGCUAUCUUAAGAUUCACAUGAGGAUCCACACUGGAGAGAAACUAUUCACAUGCCCUCAGUGUGGGAAGAGUUUUGGAAGAAAAAGGGAACUUAAGAUUCACAGGAGGAUCCACACUGGAGAAAAACCAUACACAUGCACUCGGUGUGGGAAGAGUUUUAGCCAAUCAUCAAACUUAAAUCAACACAUGAGGAUCCACACUGGAGAGAAACCAUUCACGUGCACUCAGUGUGGAAAGAGUUUUAACCGAUCAUCAUCCCUUAAUGAACACAUGAUGAUUCAUACCGGAGAGAAACCAUUCACAUGCACUCAGUGUGGGAAGAGUUUUGGAAGAAAUUUCGAUCUUAAGAUUCACAUGAUGAUUCACACUGGAGAGAACCCAUUCAGAUGCACGCAUUGUGGGAAGAGUUUUAGCCAAUCAUCAUACCUUAAUCAACACAUGAGGAUCCACACUAGAGAGAACCUAUUCACAUGCACUCAGUGUGGGAAGAGUUUCCACCGAUCAUCAUCCCUUAAUAAUCACAAGACGAUCCACACUAGAGAGAAACCCUUUACUUGCACCCAGUGUGGAAAAACCUUUAACAACUCAUCACACCUUUAUGAACACAUGCGGAUCCACACUGGAGAGAAACCAUUUACAUGCACUCAGUGUGGGAAGAGUUUCAGCCUAUCAUCAAACCUUAAUCGACACAUGAGGAUCCACACUAGAGAGAACCCAUUCACAUGCACUCAGUGUGGGAAGAGUUUCAUCUGCUCAUCAUCCCUUAAUCUACACAUUAUGAGCCACACUGGAGAGAAACUUGCACUUAAGCAGCGGUCACAAUGGACUUUUUCCCCCAUGGAUUUCCAUUCAUACGCACGGGAAUGUGUCAGACCGGAAACCAAGUUUGUGUGUCAAGUUUCGCAGUUCACUGCAUUGCAAAGUUCAAGCUUGGUGAACUCUGACCUGCAAAAUCGCAUCACUUGAC